AUGUCAAAAAGGAAUAGGAUUAGUUGGAAGCAAGAGAGCGUUGACAAAACAUUUCUUGAAGCAUGUAUUGUAGAAGUAACACUCCAUGGUCGUGAAGGAAGCAGCCUUAAACAAAGCUCAUGGAAGAAUGUGGCGGAAAAGUUGAAAACCGAACACAAUUUCAUAGCGGAUCAAAAACAAAUGAAGAACCGCUAUGAUUAUCUAAAAUCAAAAUUUGCUGCUUGGUCAAAGCUUAAGAACAAAACCGGCAACGUUGAUAAUCCUGUAACAAACACCUUUAACUUGUCAGAAGAAGAAUGGCAACUAGAGAUAAAGUCAAACAAAUACGUAGAAGCUUUGAGAAGCGCGCCACUUUCUUUCCCCGAGCUUUGUGUUCAACUGUUUGAGGGAUCUACUUCAAACGGCUUUGACAGUUUGGGGGCCAUCUUCUACACUUCCUCAUCCUUCGGAGGAAGUUUUUGA